AUGUACAUUUUAUCCAAGAAAUGUACGAGCAGGCACACGGUCCCGGGGACACUGUUGCUACUUCGAAUGGUCAGCUCAUCCGAGGUGGCGACCGCCCUGCGCCCGUUCUAUUUCGCUGUGCAUCCGGACCUCUUCGGGCGCUAUCCACAGCAGCGGCAGGUGAACGAAGACUCGUUGAAGCUGCUUAGUGCUCACCUAGAAUCGCUACUCAAGCAGAAACGAAUGCUUCCCUCCAGUCCACACUCGCUGCCGUUCUACAUCAGGGCAUCAAAUGCCCCGCAGGAUCGGGGCACGUUCAAUCUCAUCAAGGUGCCCCUGGAACGGACGGUCGACACAAGGCUAGUGCUCCGAAGGAUACUCGAAUCUUGUAACCUGUCCACGGAGUAUGUGGACAAAAUGCCCGCUGCUAAAAAUAGUUCUACCUCUAAGCCCGGCUCAUUGAAUGAGGCAUUUCAGCAGCAGCAACACCAUUCGUUCUACUAUCGUAAGCGAUCGGAGUAUAACUUCGGCAAAGAGCAAGAGGACGAAGAUGACUCUCCUUUCGAGAAGGAGUUCGAUUUGUUCCAGUUUCGGAUCAAGAAAGUGCGCGAAAAUGAGACGUUAAUCAAAUGGCUUCGGAAAAAUGUCGUUACGGCAACGGUGCGCACCAAAGCCCUACAAGAGCUGCAGGAAGAGGUCGAAAAGCUCCGUGACGACGUCCGGAAACGACUCGGGCUGCGAGAGAUCAUAUACGAUUGCGGGUGGAACUUGGAGCACUUUCGGGGAUGCUUGAAAAGUCUGGAGAAACUUGCGGAACUACACCCGGGUGCCCUUGAUGGGUUGAGCGAUCGAACCGUGGUGUUUGCGGCGUUCACAGGCGUCAGUCUCGAGGGUCAUGUGAUGUUGUUUACUGGCGAUGUACAGCGGAAUUGGUUGGAACUGAUCAAAACGAUCGACAAACACGACAGCUACCUGAGCAAAUUGCCAGCUUACGAGUUUGCGUUGUCUCAAGUGCUGCGCAACAUUCGCAUCGGCCGGCGAAAGUUUAUGCCAAAGGCACAAGCCAUGGCGUACGCUUCGCACUUGCGCAAGAUAACUACCGCGCUACUGGACUACCUUGGGAAAUCAAAAUUUCCCAAAUCGUGGCCUCCGGAUCUGACGAAGUUCGAGCUGGUGGUCGAAUCGGAAGCCGGUCCGCUGAUGGUGAGCCCCACCGGGCAGCUGAUCGUUCCGGCCACGUGUCCCGGUUCGUUGCUAGUCGAUUUCCUUACGAACCACCUGGCAGAGGCGCUGGAGAAACAAAACUCAUACGAUCGCCAAAAGCACAUCGAGCGCGAUCUCCAUGCACGCUGCGUAGCGCAAUUUCGACUGCUGUCACUAACUAAGGAUGAUUCCGUCACUCCUGACCGGAUGAUAGAGUGCCUCGAGAAGCUGCUGGCAGAAGGUGGAACCGGGCUCGAACUUGCCGAUCUGAAUCUUACCAUUACGACGUACUACUCUGUCCUGGCCGACGGUAUGGUUUGCAUACCGUGGGACUGGAAGCGUUAGGUACUGAAGCUCCCUUUCGCGGGAAAUGAGGAAAUUUAACGGUCAAUUGUGCAGGGCCAUGUGCCAUCUAGUUUCUAGGUCGCCUGUUAUCCGAAUCGAAACAAUGCGGGUUAAUUAGGUUUAAAUCAGACAAAGGGAAAACCGUUGCUAUUGCGAAU